AUGGUCACUUGUGCAAGCAUCGCACUCGUGACAUAUUACUCCCUCAAGAAGAGCUGGAAUGGCCCAAAGAAGGGCAGAACUGGCCCAACGAGGGAAAGACAAAGGAAUCAAGAAAGGAAGAAGGGGAAGGAGGAAUCUCCAAAGGAAAUAAUAAUGGUUAACCGGGUACUUCAAGCGAACAUAAACCAUUCCAGAGACGGACACGAUGUCUUACUUCAGACGAUGGCAGAAGGGGACUUUGCGAUCGCGAUCGUAUCAGAGCCUUACACGAUACCAGUGGACCACCUCCAUUUGUAUGCAAACGAAAGGGAAUCCGUGGCGAUAACAUGGAGACAAGCCAGGGACGCAAUGCCAUGCACACCUCAUAACCGAGGGGAACACUUUGCGGCAAUUAAAUGGGGAGACAUGUUGGUGGCAGGAGUAUACCUGCCACCAAGUCCAGACAUGUCGCAAACCGAAGAGGCGCUGGAAGAACUCGAGGGAUGGAUAAUCCAAAACAUGGAUAAACCAAUUAUGAUUGCUGGAGAUUUCAACGCGAAAUCUAACAUGUGGAAAUCCAAGAAUACAAACCCCAGGGGGAUUCUGGUAGCGGAAUGGGCCAGUGCUCUGGGUACAUGUUGCCUCAACCAAGGCAGAAAGAACACAUGCAUCAGAACAAAUGGAGAAUCCAUAGUAGACAUCACUUUCACGAACCCACUGGCAGCAAGAAGGGUGAUCAAAUUGCUGGUGUCUGACAGAGAGUCCAAGUCCGAUCACUGCUACCUGGAAAUAACACUUAGCCUUACAGGAAUACAGGAGCAAAAAAGAAGGCUUCCAAAUGCCAAAAGAUGGGCAACAAGAAAGAUGGACGAGGACAUACUACAAGCUGCAAUAAUGGCAAAUAGUUGGCCAAAGAGGAAUCGAGAUAUCGAGAACAUAGAGGAACAGGCUAAGCAACUACAAAAGACAAUGACGGAGGCAUGCGACGCUGCGAUGCCGAGAGCAAAACCGAGACCACGCAGGGCAAUGCCCUGGUGGAGUGAAGAACUCAAUCAACUGCGAGCAGAUCUCUCCAACGCAAGAAGGAGCCUUAGGAGAGCAAGGAGAAGAUCGCGACACCCGGAAGAGGCAGAAUCACAAGCCAAACUAGAGGAUUUUAGACAGGCUAGAGAUAAAUUCGGCAAAGGCAUGGGAGGACUUUGUGCAGUCACUAGACGAAGACCCAUGGGGACGCCCAUAUAA